AUGAUCACAAGCCCGGCCCCGCCAGCUCCUCCAGCUCCUCCCGCACCUCCGGCACCCCCUGCGCCUCCGGCGCCACCUGCGCCCCCUGUGCUUCCCCCGGGCUUCGUUGACUGGCGCACCACUCCUCCUUUGGACCCGCUCGAGGAGGAGGGGUUUCCUGAACACGUCGCUGAGGACGGUGAGAACGAGACGAAUGCCGAGAACGAGAACAUGGAAGACGACGUCGGGGAUUUCCCGAUCCCUACGUUUCCGGAUGACUUGAUCCACAACGAAAACGAGCCUCGCUCCAACGUUGACGGUGCUCCAGCAGUUCACAACGCCCGCAAGACUAACCACCGUCGCACUACGCGAACCAUGGGUGAGAAGCACGAAUGGCUCGCGCGGAUGGACGAUGAGAAGCUCUCUGUCCGCGCCACUGCACGUCUCGCCGGGGUGCAGCCUGUCAGCGUCCGCCGGUGGAUAAGGGCGGCGGAUCGGAUUAAGAAGGCGGCACCGUCCAGGCGCCAACUCAGUGGUGGAGGGAGAAAGGCGAAAUAUCCCGACAUGGAGGCGCAUACCUACAAGCGGCUCCUGAACUUCCGCGGACGUGCCUUGGCGGUGCCUAUUCGUCUCAUCAAGCACUGGAGCCGGUGUUACAUGAAGGCGCAUUACCCUGAUGCAAAAGGCUGGAUGGAUGCAAAGCUAGUGGAUGAUGGGGUGAAUAACGUUCUGCUGCCGUUCAUCAAGCCUCCGCGUGGCAUCCGGCGUUCCAAGACGCUUCUCGUCGUGGACUCGUACCGGGGCCACCUCACCGACGGCGUUCUCACCAACAUGAAGUGGAACCGCGUGGCACAAGACGUGCACGUCGCCCCUGAGGUGGAGGAGUGGGUGAACCCACUGUUCGCCACAGCCGCGGAGGAUGAGGAGGCGACAAAGGCUGCGGAUGCUAAGGAUGCCGGGGACCUGGAGGAGGAGGAGGAGGAGGAGGAGGAGGAGGAGGAGGAGGAGGAGGAGGAGGAGGAGGAGGAGGAGGAGGACGACGACGACGACGACGCUGACGACGAUGUGGAUGACGAGGAAGAGGAGGCGGAGGGUGGGCUGGAGGAGGACGCGAACGCUAAGUGCUUGAUGGAAUCUAACAUGACCAAGCCGUAG